AUGUCGACAUCCGUCGGCACCAGCAAUGCGGGGACCGAGCCUAGUGCUCUCGGGAAGAAGCUCAGGCCGACGACGAGCCCGACCGGAUUCGAGCGGCCAGGUAUCUGGAGCUUUCCGCCUUUCUUCACGAUCCAACCGAAUCCCACGACGCAGCAGCACCAACUCGCGCUGUGGACUGAGCUCGUGCUUGCAUGGGCGAAGCACGACCGCGUUUUCUCCGUGAAUGCGGACAGUCCGGAGCCUGGAGACGUGUUCAACAACAAGACCAUCGGACGCAAACUACAGCCUCCUGCACUGAAGCAGCUACUUGCGCAUAUGGCAGCUGAGGGCAAUGCGGCCGCCGACCCGCCAAAGCAGACAACAACAUACCUGCUCUACUGGCGCAAGCCCGAGGAAUGGGGACAGCUGAUCUACGACUGGGUUUCGGACAACGGGUUCUUGAACACGAUCAUGACCUUUUACGAGAUUGUCGACGGCGACCUGGCCCACACGACUGGUGAGUCGCUGUUUCCCCAUCCCGUUUGUACCUCUGCAUAUUCGGCGAGGGACGUCUCUGCCGAGACAGCCGUGUGCCCCCGUUCCUCUGGUGUCUGUCACACGCAGCUGUCGUGUGUGUCUCGUGUGGUAGAGGUCGUACACCUCCACGCGAACGGCGGUCUCGUCAUGCCCGCCUGCCUGAACCAGCUCACCGGGCUACGGCUGGGCAAUUAA